AUGGCGUCGCAUCUCGUCGUGCACAUAUCACAGUAUGAAUAUCUAGCCCUGCGCACAUCUUCGCUCUCGUUGCUGCCUGACGCACUCGCCGCCCCUGCGCAAGACCGUCUCGUCUGCGCGCACUCGACGCUCUUUUCGCAGACGAGUGGGGACCGACCGCUCAAACGCCUCGCAGCACCGCUUGCACUAGGCUACUCUCUCAACACCGCCGACGCGCGUUCAGUUCGACACUAUCCACGCGCUGUCUGUGAACGCAUCGCGAACGCACAGAGCAUCCGCGCGUUCGCGACAUGUCGGGCUCCGGGGUUCGAUCGUAAGAGGGGCGACCCUACGCGCAGCUCGCGCCGUCUCGAGGCGCGUCUCCAUCUUCUCACUCGUACUGGCCAUGGCUGCGCUCGUCGCGUCAGCCAGCCACCAGGCUCGUCGAGCGUUCUGCUCGCGUCUCUCACAGUGCGUCGCGCUCGGCCAGCACAUGCUCUUCUGCUUGUUGGCACGACGUGUUCACUGCGGCCUCAAGUCCGCGCGGCACAUGUGCUCAACACUGUUUAUUUCAUCCUUUGCCCUCCCUCCCUAUGUGCUACAUGGUCUCCGCAAUAUAUUUCUACACCGACACGUUCAUGCAAAGCCACGCAAGCCGUCAGCACAGGUCCAGCCCUCGAGUGCGCUUUCCACCUACCUGCGUUGCGCAGGGUCAGAAGCAUGCCUGAAGGAACGCGCGUCAGCAGUCUGCGUGUGCGCGAGGGCGGCGCGGGCGUGUGCUUACUUGGCCAGCAGGCAAAGUCCAGCGGGGUCCUCGAUUCGGUGCGUUGA